ACCCCUGACACAUCGCCCGGAGACAGGAAGGAAGAGAUUUCUUCUUUACUUGCGGGGGGGGGGGGGGGGCUAGCGCGCCUGAAUGCCAAUCCCCUUGGCAUUCAUGGGCUAGAGACCAUCACCCGACUGACAGAAAGCCAGUAAGAGCCCCCCUGCCCCCUAAUUUGCUUCUGUCCAACUGGGUCGGGGGGCGGCUUGUGCGCCUGAACACCAAGGGGCAUAAGCCUGUGGGCAUUCUGGGGCGCAAGACCCGGGAGACAGGAAGCAAGUCGGAGGCACAAGCAAGUAAGAGGCGCGUGAGACCUGAGUGACAGGAAGCAAGGUAGAGGCUUUCCCUUUAUUAAGUGCAAAUUUCAGAGGGGCAGCGUAUUAGCAGUCAGGAGUCUUUUACUACUGAUGAAGUGUGCUUUAGCCGACACAUGCGAGAAUAAGAACGCUUUAAUCAUUAAAUGCCACUGCCGCAAGAGUCCUGUUUGUUUCGAUUUACACAGAAAUAUCUCUACUGCACCACCCUUGUGCUCAGUAAAUAGGUCGUUCAACAGUACUUAAACUGUCGUCGUGGAAAUUAUGCCCCCUUCUGUCAGGUCUCCUGGUUGCUGUUGUUUCAUUCCAAGUAAAGACAUCGCAGGCCAAAAAUAAAAAUCACCCUUCCAGCAUAAAAAUAAAGUCCCACUUCAAACCAAAAGGCAGGGCGAGAGAGUCUCGAUAUCUACGGAGCCCCGCCACCUGAUCUGGGAUUGGUUCUUAGUUCUUCAGGGGCAGAGCUUUCUUCUCUCGCCUAUGGGAGUUAUCGCGGAAGAGGAUGAUUGACAGCGCCCAACAUGGCGGCGCCCAUCGUUAUUCCAGAUACGGCCAGCGUCAGAAAAGCAGUGUCUUUUAUCAACACCAUAGACACUGUCAAGUUCUCUCGCCUGCUCUCCCGCAUCCUUCAGAAGCUUCAUUUAAAGGGUGAGAGUACUUUUACAGAAGAAGAGGAAGAAAAACUUCAAAUUGCCUUCUCAGUGGAGAAGCAGGAUCUCCACCUCAUCCUUGAAACAAUAACAUUCAUUUUGGAACAGGCUGUAUAUCACAACUUGAAACCAACUAUUCUGCAGCAGCAACUGGAGCAUUCCCUUGUGGAUCAUGAUAAAGCCGAAGUGUUUGCCACUAUGUGGGCUGCCGCAGGACCAGACAUAGUGGAGAAGUUCAGGCAAAGAAUUUUGUCAUCUCAGAAGCUUGAGACAGUUGGAUGGCAGCUUAACCUUCAGAUGGCUCAAUCUACCCAAGCGAAACAAAAGUCUCCUCAAGCUGUAUUAGAACUUGGAGUGAUCAAUCAAGAUUUAAAGAACAUGGAGAAAGUGUUUGUGGAAUUCAAUCAUCAAGAAUUGUUUGAGUUCUAUAACAAGUUGGAAACUAUACAAGCACAGCUGGAUUCCCUUACAUGAUACUGCUUGAAGAUUAACUUCUCCAUCACAUUUCUGCCAUUUCAAUAUUUUGUAUUAAAGACAGGCCAACUAUGUGCUGGAAGUACUCAAUCAACUGAUUGCUUUUGGUAAAUGGCUUAUCUCUUCUUCGACCAAUAAAGGAAAUUUAGCAAAAGGAAAUUUUAAGAGAACUGAUGUUCUAAUUCACUGCUUCACCUUUUCAGCUCAUAGUUUUCAAAAACAGUUUUACUAUGUAUGAAUAUGACUGGAACCAUGGAGGGGAAGGCACACACUGUAUUGUUUUCUAGUUGUUUUGAUGUGCACUUAUGAUGCUUUAUUUUGUGGGGCACCAUGUGGGAGAUGCCAGUUUACAGAAUGAAAUGAACAACAGCAUGUUAAGAACAGAAAAAAAUGUAUUAAUUGAUCACUGAUGAGACAUUUCUUAUCAUAAAACGUUGUAUACAAUAAGUAUAUCCUACUGGUAAAAAAUAAAGAUGAUUUUGUUCUGAA